UAGAGCGCUAAUUAAUAGCCCCGUCAAAUCUGUCUGUUUGUGAAGUAAAAACAUUUAUUUCAAUGUGUAUGAAAACUUACUUCAUCGCUGGUCGCAAUGCUUCUGCGAGCCCUGCAACCAAGUACCAUGGCAACAUGUCCUCAGCAUCACUGGACGCAGCCUCCGGGAGUGCAGCCAACGUGACAGAAGACACAGACAGUGAGCGUGGUGAGGGAAGCGAGGCCAAGCAGGACUUACAGAGCAGGAAACCAUUGCUGUCCUCUAAUAUCAACGGCGCUAGCGGUAGUGGGGGUAGUCCAGAAAAGUCUGUUGGGGAAGGAUCAGAGACCGUGGAGGAAGGCAAGGAUGCUGUCUUGAACCAUGCUGAAAAUCAAGCGGGAGGAGAUAGUAAGCCAGAGAAUGGCGGGGUCAUCAGUCAACCAGGCUCUGGUGCGGAAACCCCUCAGGGUGGGGCGAUGGAAGCAAGCCCCAUCACUCUCAAUGCAUCCAUCAUCAUGCAUCAUAAUGAAGAACCUAACACAGAGAACCAACUCACCAAGUUCCUCAAGGAAGAUGGUCAGAUGGACUACUUUGAAAAACCACCCAUCAGUCAGUUCUCUCUCAGGUUUCUUGACAGAGAGGUCGAGGACAAGUACCACUCUCAGUUCACUCCUGAUUACAUGCAACCUGACCGCCAAGUUGAUGGGAAUGAUGAUAAGCGCAACGAACGUCGUCAUUCAUCAGAGACAAUCUCUACCACCCGCUACAAUACCCUACUUGAUGUCUGCAUUGCAUUUGCCACUUUCAUCCUGGUUGGCAUUUCCUGUUUCCUGGUGUUCAACAUACCUAUACCUUGGGCUGUCUUAUUCCCCAUCAUCUCCAUCCUGCAGGUUAUCAUCCUCUUGGCUAUGGUCCGAGAAGCAUUCUGCAGGAACGUUGGCAUCAUCCUGGCCGAGUACAUUGCUGCACUGUUCCACAACUGGUACCGACGUCACAUCUUGGGGGCGCUUCUCCUUUGCUGUCCAGUCAUCGCCGUCUUCACCAACUACUCCUGUGACAACGAUGGCUGCUUUGGCGAGAACCGGCUCUUCUUCUGUUUCCUUCUGGUGGUGUCACUCUUGCAUUUCUGCAACUUUGUCCAGCUGAACCUGUGGAUGAAGCUCCUUCUUGCAUUAGCAAGUGGUACCAUUCUGCUGGUCCUGCUCUUUAUAUGCAGGAAUUGUCCUGUUAUGGUUGACAUGGAAUUCUUUGAUGGUACUACACCUACACCCUAUGAUCUGGUUGACGCUACACCCACCAUGCUGACAGAUCUCUGUGAAAUGAAUUCCCACCAUUAUGUCAACCCUGAAGAAGUCAUCCUUGUCAUCAUCCUCCUGCUCAUCCUCAUCUUUGUCUUAAAUCGUGAGUAUGAGAUUGGCUUCCGACUCAACUACUACUCCAACUACCAGGCUCUGGUUGAUCAUGAAAAGAUGAAGAGUCUCCAGGAAGAAGCAGAGAAAUUGCUGCAUCACAUCGUGCCACAGUUUGUCACCGAGCAGCUCAGGACCACCUCAAAGUUCUCCCAGAAUCACGACAAUGUCGCCGUAAUCUUCUGCAGUAUCGUCAACUUCAAUGACUUCUACGAGGAGGCAUACGAGGGAGGCAAAGAAUGCAUCCGAGUUUUACAUGAACUUAUCAGUGACUUUGACAAUCUCCUCAAUGAUCCUAAAUAUAAGGAAGUGGAGAAAAUCAAGACGAUAGGUUCCACUUACAUGGCUGCAUGCGGACUUCGUCCGAGCGAAAAGCCAAAUGAUGUACAGACACUAGUCACUCUCAUGGACUUUGCUGAUGAGAUGAUGUUGCAAAUACAAAAAUUUAAUGAAGAUGUCCUGAGCAUGACAAUUGGUGCAUUUAACUUCAUCUUGAGGAUAGGAUAUAAUCAUGGGAAAUUAACCUCUGGUGUUAUUGGUACAACCAAGCUCCUUUAUGACAUCUGGGGUGAUACUGUCAAUGUAGCUAGCCGUAUGGACUCAACGGGUAUGCCUGGUCAUAUCCAGGUUACAGAACACUCCAUGAAAGUGCUACAACCAUAUUAUGAAUUUGAGAAGCGAGGAGAAGUGAAAGUCCGGGGCAAAGGAGACAUGACGACCUAUCUUGUAGUGAAAAAAAGACCUGUUCCUCUGUCGGAGACCCAAUAAAGUUCAGGUGUGCAAAGCAGCCAGUCUUGCAGAGCGUUGAUCUGUGAAGGACUCCAGAUAGAACUACAACUGAAUCCAUAGAACAACGAAUAAAAACCUGUACUGCUGAACACCGCCUCUUGUGUACAUACCAACGAUGUAGAGAAUGACCACUGAGUUCACACAUGUCUGGAAUUAUGAUGAUGAAACCAUUCUGAAACAGGGUUUAGCUGUAUUUAACAUUGCCACAUGAUUUUUUUUCUCUUUUUUUCACUUGAUAAAUUUGAUUACCAUUAUGACUAAAACCAUAGAUUUGCUUGUAUUUGUUUUCUUUGAUGAAAGCAUGAUAGAAAGGAAAGUCUAAAAUGGAAACGUAGAGAUCAAAGUGAUAUUUUUCCUCUCUUUAUCAAUGAUUAUGGAUUCAUGUUGAUAUUGAGACCCUAUUCCCAUAAAGUUUUUGACAUGAUCUAGUAUCCACACGUGCUUUGAAAACACGAUUAGUAUGAUGGAAGGGACAAAGUCAAGAUUGUAGUGAAAAGUCUUAAUUGAUUGGAGGGGGGUUCGUGGUUUGAUUAGUAAUAGUCUUGAUAGAUUGGUUUGUUAAAUAUUGUAUUAGGGGUCUUAAUUUAGUGGUUUGGAAAAUAUCACAUUCAUUGGGGGUCUCAAUAGAGUGGUUUAGAAAAGAAUAGAUUAGAGAGUAUGGGGGGUUGAUAAAGAUUGAAUUAGCUGUAGGUUUUAAUAAUUAUCAUCAUUAUUUAUUUAACAAUUUAAUAUGAUACAAAUAUUACAUAACAAUUCAGAAAACAGAGAUUUGACAAUGUAUGAUCAAAAAUGUUGUCCUGAAAGCCAUGGGGAUAAUAUAUUUCACUUUUAAUAAUAAAUGUUGCAAUAAACCUUUUGUUCCAAUAUGAUGACUUAAUGAAAAAGUCUUAGUAUGGGCUGAUAAGGAGUGUGUUUUUUAUCAAGAAUUGCUUAUGUGGGGGACUUAAAAGAAUGGUUUGGUCAGGAGUCUGAACACAGUGAAAUUGGUUAAGAUUUUGGUUGUAAUGACUGAAUAGAAUGGGAUUGGACAAGGUUUGGGUGUGAUAAGUUCAUACAUUCAAAAUACUAGUAUGCUAGCUGUGGGCUUCUCCAUUUUUUAAUCCAUUGGAAAGAUAUGUAUCGAAAAUAAAUUAAUAUACUGUGACAGGACUUUGUUGAUCUGGAAUAGAGAAUUUGUGUUUGUUUCAAACUUUUUUCUGAAAUAUUUGUCCUUGGUCAAAUUACAAAAUACAAAUUGAAUGAUUUUUUACAUAUGUUUUAGUUUCCGCAGUAGAGGUGAUUUAUAUAUCAGUCAACAUUUCUCAUUUUGACAACAAAUAAUGAGAAGCUUAGUUUUCAGUUUGCUGUAUAAACAUUUGACUGGUGCAGCAUCCCAAAACACCAUGCGACAUUCACUAGCAAAUGAAAUUAAUGUCCAAGUCCACUAAAAUCAAUUUCAUGAUAUAUGAUUAAUCUGCUGACUCUAAAGAUUGAUUUUAGCCGUUAGAGAACUACCCCCCUUCCCUUUUCAAUGAACUAAUUCGCUGAAAACUUGGUGUUUUAUUCUUGCUCUUUAUUGUGUGUGUGUGAGUCCACACCAUCGCAACUUUUUUUUUUCUGUAUAUGGUUAUUGCUUAUAAACAGCAUCACUAUAAAAUCAACGUGAAUUUGCUUCACCUGCUGACAAGUAGAAAACAAAUGAGAAAAUAUAGCAUGGAAUAUUAUUUUAAAGUUCACAGUGAUAUUUCUUUGUUACCUUGUCAGGAACAAAGCGACCUCACUUUGCCAUUUCGCCCAACAACUUUUGAAACAUACAUGUAACAUGAAAUAUUUGCAAAUUGUAAAAAAAUGACUCCCAAUGAAUUUAUGUUUAUUAUUGCAUGGGUAUCUGUCUUUCUUUGUUAUUUUUUUUUAAAUUUGUUGACAAAUAAUCACUGAAAUUGUUUGUGGUAACACAAUGUAAUGAUAAUUUUUAUAUGAGCGUAUUAUUGAAGAUACCCACUAUCAAAUAAUGCAAUUGAUUGUGAAGCUCUUUGUUACAGGGCCCUGGAAGUGGUUGUUAAUCUGUUGUUUUGGCUAGAAACAAGUCUUUUUAGCUCUUUCAGUAGAACUUCCAUCCUUUUCCUGUCCUAAGCUUUGCAGAGUUCAUGCAGGUCAGGAAAAUUCUGGAGCGUCAGGAAAUUUAGUUUUUCCAGAAACAAAAAAAAUAGAUAAAUGGUCAAUUGCAUAUGGAAAGACAUGAUAAUCAAAUUCCAGAUAAUUUGAUUAAAUGACCUAUAGAAUGCCGAAUUGUGACGUCAAUUUUUCAAAUUUUGCAUUUCGGCAUUUUUGAUGCUAUAUAUAGGUAGAGCAUGAUGAAAUACACGUACCUCCACAACCCUAAUGUGGUAGGAAUCGUUUCAUCAGACCCAAGAUAUUACCUCAUGAAUAGUUAGCCCCAUUAAAAUCAGUGUAUUAUCAGCCUGGAUCUAAAUGUUAUGAACCAGGCAGUACUGCAUUGACUUCAAUGUGAUAAAUCAUGUAUUCAUGAGGUCAUAUCUUGGGCACCCAUUGACCGCUUCCCACCAAAUUUGGGUUGUAGAGGUAUUUCAUCAUGCUAUACCGAAAUAUGGAAUGAAAAAGUGUUUAAAAAAAAGGGGGGGUUUUGGUGACGUCAUCAUUUUGGUACUCUAUUGGUGUCAGUGACCAACCUGUUUGAUAUUUGGGUAGUGAUGCUCAUACUUCAGGCACUAGUGGGGACUUUGUCGAAAGUUACAUGACCAUCUAUUGCUAAAUCUAUUUGAGCUUUCCAAAUCAAUCAAUCAUAUGUCUUGCAAUUACUUGUAAGUUUGCAAAUGAUUGCUGAUAUACUUCUUGCAACAAGGUGUGUAAACUGAUUUGCUACAGUUGAAAUUUAUGAAUUGCAAAAAUUUUACAAUUGAUUGAAAAUCAUUUCUGACCACACCCCCUAAGAUUGACAAGUCAUGGAAAAUGUCCAUGUCCCUUUCUCUGGAAGUCAAUGAACGUAAUUGGCAAAUGUAUGAUGCCAACCUGGUGUUUGGGUCAUAAACUAGUCCAUAGGAAAACAGGAAAAGACGUUUGGUACCACUAAAUCUAGGAAAACGUUGUAUGAGUAUAUGAUACGAUGAAGCCCUUCGUCUUGCAGAUCUCAAAGAAAAGUGUUAUAAAUGAACAGAAUUACAGAAGGCAACAUUAGACAAAGGUGAACUGUUAUGAAACAAGCCACAAACACCCUAGGCUAUGCAUUGAGUAUAUUACAACUAUUGUUAGGUACUUUGUACAUAUGUUCUUCUUAAUAACAAUAAUAAU